AUGGACGUGUUCAUGGACGUCGACGACAAAGACAUCAAUGGCGACAUGUCACUCAAACCGAAGCCGGAAGACUUGAGUGACAAGAAAGUCAAAGAGGACGACACCCCAUCGUGGCCCUCUGUCUAUGACUCUCUCAGCGUGAUGACCGAUGACGCGCUGGGCCCACUCUCCACUUCUACAUCUACAUCUCGAGUACAUCUGUCCUCGAGGAAGAUGGUUCUCUGCGAUUCAUCUGACUUGAUUAUCUCGAACAUGAAGGGCAUCCCUACUUCGUGGGAAAGACCCGAGACAAGGUCUUGA